ACAUGGGAUGCUGUGAAGAUUGCCUAACUUGCGACAUAUGCCUUCAAUGCGAUUAUGUCUCUAAGUCAUGCCUCGACACGUGGGAGCUAUAGUCGCAUCGAGGGUGUUACAACAUUGCUGCAAUGAUGGCUGUGAGAGAACCACCAAAGAAAAGGACAAAGACAACCAAAACAGCUGAGUUAUCCAUUGUGCCUUGCGAAGAUGGAGUACCAACAAGAAUGUGUUUUCCCCCAAGCAAAAGCUUGGAAACUACAACCAAAAAAAGGGGGAAACAUGCUAACUCUAGUGCUGGAGUAUCAAAAAGCAAAAGCUUGAAGAAUACAAACAAAAAGGGAAAAGGGGGGAAAUCUGAAUCGGUUCGAUCCAAGAGAUCAAGAACCGGCUCAAAACAUCCGAAGCCAAUUUCCAUCGAGUUUCCUAUGCACGGCGAUGAAACAAAUGUUCCUGUGAAGGUUAGGGGCAAGAGUAAGGAGUGCACUGAAAAGAUUCCUAUGGUGCCACAAGACAGCCCAGCAAUGUGCACAAGAAGCAAAAAAUUUAACUCUGCAAGCCCUUCAAUGAGCACAAGAAGCAAAAGGCGGCUCAGUUUGUGAUUCUCAUGUUUUCCUUAAUGUCAUGGUUACUUUUGGAUGUCCUUUUGUGCUGCUCAUGUGAUGUACUUGUGGACCUGACCUCAUAUGUGAAACAGUAUGUGAUGCAUGCCAACUAGUACUGAUGUAUGUGGUGAAUGUGAACCUAAAUGUGAUGUAUGUGUGAACAUGGCUGCUUCUGUUUGUUGUUCAUGUUGUGAUGCAUAUUGUGUGUAUAUAUGUACAUAUAUAUAUGUGAAUUGUGUGAGAUAUGGGAUCAAAUUACAGGGGAGGUUUUGCCAAAUUUUCAUUUUUUGAAUUAAAAUGAGAGGACAAUUUUUUGGAUUGAAAUCAGAUCAUUGUCCAAGUUAUGGGGUC